UAACCAUCGAACGAGUCCCUCGCAACUGGCGGGAAGUUCGCAAAAACGCAUUCGAUCCCGAAAUGAUAUGCAUCGGUCUGUACAAAUUUGGGGAUGAACAUGCGUCUCGACUGAAGAACUUCGAAAAGCACAAGAAGCGGUUUCUAGUCCGCCUUCUCGGAGGCAAGUUGGAGCGGUGGAGAAGGGAUGGAGAUACGUCGAGGACGACCGAGGGGGAGAGAGUGUCCGAUGACCGUGAACGUGAACAAGACAAUGAUGCCGGUCGGCUGGCGAAAGCCGCGCUUUUGGAUGACCUUUUGGAAGCCAUGAAGAAAUUGGAGAAGGAAACGAGGGCCUGUUAUGCGAUUAAUAGUCACGAGGGAGAUGAUAUGCUCUCUUCCAUGCGCAGCGAAGACGCAGUAGAGACGAUGGUCGUCGAUGGUUGCUUCGUGGUCGAACUAUUGCGCCUUUCCUACGACCUUGUCCACAAGAAGUCCACUGGGGAGGCAAUUGCAAAUGAUCCGAUUUUCACCAUCCCCGGGAUUCUAACAACCCUUCGACGCGACCUUCUAUUGCUUGAGAACCAACUACCUUUAUUCGUUCUCGAGGAACUGUACAAGCUGAUCAACGACAGCAACAACAUUGAUCAUCAACAAGCUGUGCCGCUGGAAGAACUCGCGAUCACCUUCUUUGGCCCACUGUUCCCCGGGCAGAAUGCUGCCUCUAAUUUGGACACCAAAAAACCCAAGGAUCAUCUGCUCGAGGUUUUCCACUCUGCCUUCCUCCAAUCGGUGAGUGAGAAAGUCCGCAAGAAGGGAAAUAAUCGAGUCAAAUCGCAGUCGAAACCCAAUGGCAGUAUCGUUGGCCUCGUCCUACACUUCGCAUCGGAGCUGGAAGAGGCGGGCGUGCAGUUCAUGAAGAGGAAGGGCCACGACUUACUGGACAUCGAGUUCGGUCACGGCACUCUACGGGUCCCUCCAUUGUCCAUCAACGACCGCACCGUCUCUCCCCUUUUGAAUUUCGUUGCGUACGAACUGAAAGUUGACCACCUCGAGCCCAUCUUCACGAAUUACUUAAUGUUCUGGAACAGUUUGGUCAAUAGCCCCGGGGACAUUCAGAUUCUCCACAAGCACGGGAUCAUCAAUAACGCGUUGGGAAGCAAUGAGGCCGUAGCAAAUCUGUUGAUGAAGUGUAGAGAGGUUAUUUACGAUCGCAGUCGGGGCUACUUGUACAACGAAAUCAAGGAGGUGAAUGAGUAUUACGAGCGGUACUACGAAAGCAAGUGCCGCGUCUGGUGGAGGAGCCUCAUCCGCGAACGUUUCAGCAGUCCGUGGACAUGCCUCUCUCUCUUUGCUGCCAUUAUCCUCUUGCUGCUUACGGCCCUCCAGGCGAUCUACACCGUGUACCCUUACAAUCGGUGGCAUUAAGCUUUGUGCCUGUCAUUCUAUGACAACAUGUGUUGUGGCUUUUUAGCAUUGAUGUCCUUUAUUUAUCUUGGCUUUUACACGAUUGAAAUUGUAUUCAGAUACAUUUGAAAACUUUGGAUUAUUGUGGUGUCUAAUUCAAUUUGGAACUUUUUGGAUCUA